AUGAGAGUAAGAUAUGUUCCUUCGUCGACAUUCUUGGUGGCCGUUAAGUUUGGCCAUGCUCGUAAGGUUAUAGCUGCGGGCGGGGUCCAGAUGGAAAAUAGGAAAUGGGAAAAGGACAAAGAUUUGGGGACAUCGAUGGGUACCAAUGCCAAAACAUUCCAGAAUUUUUUCUUCCUCAUGAAGCCUCUGCUAUCAAAGCCAUACCACUGGUCAGCUGCUUCAAUUCUUGCAUCGUGGAAGCCUCCUAGUGAUGGGGUAGUUAAGGUUAAUUUUUGUGAUCUUGAGUUUUUGGAAGGGCAGACGGUGGGUAUUGGUGCUGUGUUAAGGGACAUCAGGGGUGUUUUUUUGGCUGGGAUGGCAAGAAAGCAUAUGCGCAGGGAAGAGGUUUGGAGCGUGGACGGCCAUAGCUAUGCAAGAAGCGGUAAAUUUUGUUCGCCUCCAAGGGACAGUGUCUGUAGUGUUGGAAGGGGAUUGCAUUCAUUUUCUGAAGUCUGUUGUGGCCAUAAGUUCUGA